UAUUUUUGUUUGAACAGUUAAAGUGUUUAAUACUUUGAUAUCAUUCUUCACGGAUAUCUUAUUUUGUGUGCCUAUCGCCUUUUCAAGAUCAUCAAGAUGGCUGCGAUUGUGGACGGUUUUAAAUGUUGUAAACUACGAAGGCAAAAUAAUGUUUGUGGCCGCCGAAGUCCUUUUCGAUUUCAUUUCCGCGUGAAUAACGUAAUUAUCGUGAAAAUAUACAAACACAGGUCAUAAGACUCAAGCGCAUUGGUAAAACACGAGUUGAAUCCGGUUGAGUCUACUCACAAAUUCCAGCCCGCAUCACGAUUAUGCUGUCUACUCCGAAAAAAUCAAAUUUAUUCCCUUUCAAAACGCGCGCGCACCAGUACUUCAGUCUCUUUAGACCCUUUUGGUUCUUCUUUGGGAUCUCCUGCGGUUUCCUAGUAUGGUGGUGCUUCCACGAAAGGCCAUUAGGCCACAGUCCCUUGAGCACGGACUUCAAAGUGACUCUUCCGGAACGGGCUUUCGUCUUCGUAGCAGUGUUAUCGUAUCAACAGAAUGACGCGCUACGUGACGCCGCGCGCCGCACAUGGCUCAAGUUCUCGACUGGUGCCACCGUCCACCGGUUCUUUGUGGGCUCCCUCGGUGUCCCGGACGAGCGACGGAUCGCCCUGGAACGGGAAGCUCGCGCCCAUGGCGACUUGAUUCUCCUCGAAAACGUACCGGACGCCUUCAGUAAUCGGACAUUCAAACUGCUGCAAGCGUAUCUCUGGGUGUUCUCGAACUACAAGUCCUCAUACGUGGUCAAGCUGAACGACAACUCGUUCGCGAGGGUAGACGUCAUCGCUAGGGAGCUGGAACACGUUUGGGUGAGGAGCUUCCGCAAACCGUUGAUGUGCUGGGGAUUCUUCGCUGGUUACGCGCCGGUAUCGCACAGCGGCCCAUGGGCUGAGCCGGCUUGGUUUCUUAGCGACCGUUAUCUACCGUAUGCGUGCGGUGGCGGCUACGUCCUCUCCUGGUACACGGUUGUCUACAUCGGCUACAACUGGAAGCUCCUGGAGCUGUACGCCAACGACGACGUCGCGUUGGGCGUCUGGUUGGCUCCGCUGUUGAUGAAUAGGACACACGACCGCCGCUUCGACACCGAGCACGAGUCCCGAGGCUGCUUCAACUCUUACCUGGUGACGCACCAAGAGACGGUGCUCACGAUGGAAGAGAAGUACAAGAGCCUGGUGGAACAGGGCGUGCUAUGCAAACAGGAGGUGCAGCUCAGGAUGUCGUACGUGUAUGACGAAAACGCUCGGCUGUCCCGGUGCUGCGUCCGAAACAUCAGCGACAUACGGAUGCCAAGAGUGAAAGAAAAGGAAAGGCAGUGAGGGUUAACCAGGUCGCAACUUGUUUGCUACCCUACAGGAAUGCCAAGGCAAGGCAUUGACUUUGGCACCUGAGAGAAAUCUUCAGAGACCGUGCACACCUUUAGUAUGAUGUCUUCUGUGGGAAGGAACUGCGGCUGAUCUCACACUCACUCUGACCAGCGCUACACUGAUAACAGCAGUGUUGUAUGUGGCUGCUCAGGGAAGGCAGUAGCCAUGGCACUCAAGAGACAUUUUGGAAACCAUGCACAUCUUCAAGAUGGCGUCUUCUGUGGAAAUGGGGUGUACUUGAGAAUUGGGGGGGGGGGUCAUUAGUAUGCGGCUAUAUAGAUCACUUUAAUCAGUGCUAAAUUCACAUCAGCGAGAUAUGGCAAUUGAGUCAUGCCCUGCGGGAGCCAUUUCAGAGGCAUCACGGUCUGGAAAACAGCAUCCACUGUGGGGAAAAGUGGACAUGUCCUGGCCUAUCCUCACUGCGAAGAAUCUGCCUUGCUGGGCUACAGAGCUCAGUCGUCACACUCAAUGACUGGAUCCUUCCUAGAGGGACCCCUCAACACCGCGAAGCUAUAUAUGACAGCUUGCUCACC